AUGACGGACGAUGUAAACUUGAAGCAGACGAGGGCAACGUUGAGAUCGGUUUGGGAAGAGACCGGUUACGAAGGGCUCUCCUUCGAGGCGUCCUACGAGUCGUUCGUUUCAAGGUUCGGCAAGGACUUGCCUAGUCAAGACGAAAUCUCCUCCUUUCUGCGUGACACAGAGCUGUUCGACGACUACAACGAAAAGUGGCCGACAAUUCCUGAGAACUUGUGCCACAAGGACCUCGUCGUUGAGGUCCAGAAAAUUAUGAAGGAGGUUAUAGCCUAUUUCAAGUACACCAGCCGGGAAAUUCAAGCGCUCCGUCAGGAAAGUGUGGCCGUAGACAUUCCCCUCGGAGAGAAGAGCGAUAACACGUGGAAUGUAGAAGUUGCACCCGACCUUAUCGUCAUAGGUAAGGGAUGGGCGUAUCACCCUAGACUCAGAGACGGGGAGCUCUACCCAACCUCAUGGGCUACCCACAUGCAGCAGACGUCCAGUGUCAUCAUAGUUCGUACCUCCGAAGAUAUCGAAGAUCCCAAACGCGACCUCCAGACUGAUUUAGAGGCGUCAUUCUUUGCACAGCAAUGUUUUUAUCAUCAAUGCAAUCGGAUUUUCUGUUUUGUCCUCGUCGUGGGAGCAGGAUGCGUCCAGCUUAUGUACUACGAUCGCGGAGGGAAGCUGUAUUCGCCGCUCACUUCCAUUCACCUCCGCCCGAACGAGUUCGUCUGGUACCUCCUCCUGGUAUCAUCCACAAAUGAUGAGGUUCUCGGUUUCGACGAGACUGUACGCUGGGACAGCGAGACACAAACGCAUACCCUAACCACAGUCGACGAAGCCGGUAACAAGGUUCAGUAUCCUCUCAAGUGCUUCGAGCCUAUUUUUCGAUCAGAUGAACUUAAAGGGCGAAUCACCACAUGCUGGGAAGUCGAGGGCAAGAAUGGCGAGCGAUUGAUCGUGAAAGACACCUGGAGAGAGGAAGGUUCAGAAAUACAUCCGGAAUGGGCGCUACGAGGCCUUACGAAGGGGAUGCAAGGUGUCAGCCAAAUAAUCGCCUAUGAGUUAGAUUGCAAUUUAAACAACCUCAGACACCCCUUCUGUCAUCCCGAUUUCAAGAAUCACAUUCGCAUUCGGACGACUAUGAAAGCUUAUGGGAAGACGAUCGAUCAUUUUGAGAAUCGGGAGCAGCUGCUGUAUGCAUUUCGCGAUGCUGUCGCUGGUCAUCGAAAUUUAUGGGACCGAGGCAUCCUUCAUCGCGAUAUCUCGGCCAAUAACAUUUUACUCGGCGAUUCUGACGCCCCAGCAGGCGAUCGAGGUAUCAUAAUCGAUUUCGAGACUGCUAUCCGCCUGGAAUCCGAGCAGCCUCUCCUUGGGAAAGCAACGGUGGGGACUGUUCCGUACAUGUCAACCAACAUAUUGGCAAUGGUAUUGACAGAUGCCGGACUUCUCCCUUCAUGGCGAAGCCAGGGUGAUUUCCACACCCAUCUAGACGAUCUCUGGUCGUUCUUUUACAUCCUCUGCUGGUGCUGCUUUGCCGGCAAAGGUAAUCCGGCAGCACACUGUCGAAUGCUGAAUGAGUGGGGACAGGAUGCGGAGGAGUCACUGCGCUCCAAGCGUGAAUUUCAUGAUACCGUGAAAUAUGGGUACUAUCCGGUCCCGCCCUCAUUCGGUGCUAUCUUCGAUCGACUCAUCAUCUCUCUAUGCACUUACUUGGAGGAUUCAGAAAGAAGGUUCGCGAGGACUCUCCUCUACCUCGCAGGUGACAGUGGAAUUGUUGCAAAAGAAAGCAUAGAUUGCCAUGCGAAGACUCAUUAUGACGGAUAUUUGGAGAUAAUCGACAUGAUAAUUGGGUUGAUGGAAGGAGAGAUACAAUGUGAAGACGGGCUCGAGCGCCGCGUCAAAGUAACCGCCCAAGAGCCCGGUUUGCCUACGUCUGGAGAAACUGAAGCAGCACCAUUAGGUGACAUGCCCCUAAAUAUUCCGAAUGGAAAGCGAAAGCGAGAUGUUCACGACGAGGGCGAACACGACAUCAAAGACGAUGGGAAGAUGAAGGCCAGGAAAGACAAGAAAAUUCCGGCCUGA